AUGGCCAAAAAACGCAAGCGCGAAGUCAGCGACGAGGAGAAGCUCGUCCACGAGUCGACGAAGACGCUGCGCCGCGCGGCGAAGAAGGCCAAGGCCUUCGAGGUGCAAAAGGCCGUCCGGCGCUUGAAGGACGCGCGGGGCGCCGGCCGCGACGACGCCGGCGCGGCGCGGCAGGUCGACGACUGCAAGGCCGUGGACCUGGACGCGGUCGUUGCGCUGUGUCUGAGGCGGUGCGGCGUCGCGAAUGUUGGCAGCGCGCACGAGGGCGUCGUCGCGGCCGUCGAGGGCCACGCGGCGACGAAGCGCGUCGUGCUGCACGCGGCCGUCGUACAAGCGUCGCGCGACGUCGACGCGGCCGCCACGAAGCACCGGCGCGCGGCGCUCCUGAAGGCCGACCCGGUCCUGCGGCGCGAGGCCCGCGCCGAGGCCAAGGCGCGGGCGAAGCGCGAGAAGAAGGCGACGAAUAAGCCGCGGCACGACGCCGUCGCGGCGAUUUUUGUUGAUGCGCUCGACGGCUCCGCGCCGGCCGAGGAGCUGGCCGAGGCGGAGGAGGAGGACGACGACCCGGAGGCCCUCGGCAUCAUCAAGCCGAAGAACCGCGUCGGCUCGCGGCGGCGGCGCGAGCUGCGGGAAGCCGCCGCGCAGGGCGACGCGAAGGCGGCGAACGCGAUGCUCCGCGGCGGCCUCAAGCCCGUCCGGCGCGGCGAGGGCGUCACGAACGGGCCGCGCGCGCGGCCAAAGCCGCCGCCGGUCGCGAAGCGGCGGCCCGACCCGCAGCCGCGGCGCGAGGCCGCCGACGCGGCGGCGCACCACGGCUCCUGGGCCGCCGCGCGCGCGCGCAAGGAGGCCGAGGCCGCGACGAAGUUUUCGGGGACGAAGACGACGUUCGACUAA